UAAUAAUAAAUUUUAAUGAGCGACGCUGAGUCUAGUCAACAUGAAGGUGAAUCAAGGCUUUUUGUAAGCCCCAUCGCAAGCCCAGUUGCCAGUGAUAAAUUAGUGAAAAAGCUACUCAAGCUCACUAAGAAAAUGACUAAGGACAAGAAGAUCAAAAAGGGAAUCAAAGAGACUACGAAGGCUACUAAGAAGAAGGGAUCAAAGGGAUUAGUUCUAAUUGCUGCUGAUAUCUCACCUGUUGAUGUUUUAACACACUUGCCAAUUAUGUGUGAGGCUCAAUCUGUUCCCUACAUUUAUGUUCCAAGCAGAGAAGCUAUUGGAGGAGCUUGCAGUACCAAGAGACCAACAGCCUGAGUAUUCCUUGAAUGCCCCGAAGAGGAUUCUAAAUCCUUCAGUAAAUUUGAACAAUGUGUUAAACUUGUCAAGAAGCAGAACCCAUAUUUAUAAGUAAA